CGUCACUUCCGCUCAUGCUGACACCAACUUGCAUCAUUUCUUGUCUUGUCAACUCGGGUUGGACAGCAUACAGACGCCAUCAUGGUGGAACCGGUGCCCGAGUCCAUCAACUUCCCUUCACAAGAAGAGAAGAUCCUGCAGCUGUGGAAAGACAAGGACUGUUUUUACGAGUGCCUCAAACAAUCCAAGAACAGGCCCAGGUACACCUUCUAUGACGGUCCACCCUUUGCCACAGGUCUGCCCCACUAUGGUCACAUCCUAGCGGGCACCAUCAAAGACAUUGUCACCCGCUUUGCCCACCAGAGUGGCUUCCAUGUGGACCGGCGCUUCGGCUGGGAUUGCCACGGCCUGCCUGUGGAAUAUGAGAUCGACAAGACCUUGGGCAUCACGGGCCCUGAAGACGUAGCUAAGAUGGGCAUUGCCGAGUACAACAAACAGUGUCGAAAUAUCGUCAUGAGAUAUUCUAACGAGUGGGAGGUCUCGGUCAAUCGAAUGGGAAGAUGGAUUGAUUUCAAAAACGACUACAAAACUCUCUACCCGUGGUUCAUGGAGACUGUCUGGUGGGUGUUCAAGCAGCUUUAUGACAAGGGUCUGGUGUAUCGUGGUGUCAAGGUCAUGCCUUUUUCCACUGCGUGCAACACACCGCUCUCCAAUUUUGAAUCGCACCAGAACUACAAGGAUGUUCAAGAUCCAUCGGUCAUCGUCGAUUUUCCGCUGCUGGAUGACGAAAAUGUGUCUCUUAUCGCGUGGACCACCACCCCGUGGACGCUGCCUAGCAACCUGGCCCUGUGUGUUAACCCUGAAAUUUCUUACGUCAAGGUCCAAGAUAUCACCACCACCAAAACGUACAUCAUGAUGGAGUCCCGAUUGGGUGCGCUGUUUAAGUUAGAGAACGAAUACACGAUCCUGGACAAAUUCCCUGGCAAAAUGUUAAGUGGAAAAAAGUACAGACCUCUUUUCAAUUACUUUGCCAAGUGCGGCGAGAAAGGAGCUUUCCAGGUGGUGACGGAUAACUAUGUCAAGGAGGAAGAGGGCACCGGAGUGGUCCAUCAAGCACCUUAUUUUGGAGCUGAUGAUUACAGGGUAUGCACUGAAUACAAGAUCAUCCAAAGGGACCAGGUUCCGAUCUGCCCCGUGGACGCCUCCGGCUGCUUCACAUCAGAAGUCACCGAUUUUGCGGGACAGUACGUCAAAGAUGCUGACAAGAAUAUCAUCAAGUGGCUGAAGGAGAAGGGUCGCCUCGUCAACUCCAGCUCUUUCAAGCAUAGCUACCCGUUCUGCUGGAGGUCGGAUACACCCCUGAUCUACAAAGCUGUGCCCAGUUGGUUUGUCCGUGUGGAGCACAUGGUGCAGAAGCUGCUGGACAACAAUGGACAGUGUUACUGGAUUCCUGAUUUUGUGCGUGAGAAGCGCUUUGGCAACUGGCUGAGGGAUGCGCGCGACUGGGCCAUUUCAAGAAACCGUUACUGGGGCACGCCGAUCCCCAUGUGGGUCAGCGAUGACUACGAGGAGGUGGUGUGUGUCGGCUCCAUUGCCGAACUGGAGGAACUCACUGGCGCCAAAGUAACUGACCUGCAUCGGGAGAGCAUCGACCAUCUAACCAUCCCAUCGCGCUGCGGCAAAGGUGUCCUGCGGAGGAUCACUGAAGUGUUCGACUGCUGGUUUGAGAGUGGCAGCAUGCCCUACGCCCAGGUCCACUACCCCUUUGAAAACAGGAAGGAAUUUGAAGACACGUUCCCGGCGGACUUCAUUGCCGAGGGCAUUGACCAGACGAGGGGGUGGUUCUACACUUUGCUGGUGCUCUCCACAGCGCUGUUUGGCAAACCGCCCUUCAAGAACGUCAUCGUGAAUGGCUUGGUACUUGCUAGCGAUGGACAGAAGAUGAGCAAGCGCAAGAAGAACUACCCGGAUCCGGGCCUCGUAGUGCAGGGCUAUGGCGCCGAUGCCCUCAGACUGUACCUGAUCAACUCCCCUGUGGUGAGAGCAGAAAACCUGCGUUUCAAAGAGGAGGGCGUUCGCGAUGUGCUGAAGGAUGUCUUCUUGCCGUGGUACAAUGCGUAUCGCUUCCUGGUGCAAAAUGUGCAAAGGUUACAAAAGGAGGACGGCCUUGAGUUUCUGUAUAACGAGAACACCGCAAAGCAGAGUGACAACAUCAUGGACAAAUGGAUUCAGUCUUUUACGCAGUCCCUCAUCCAGUUUUUUAAGACUGAAAUGGACGCGUACCGCCUGUACACCGUGGUGCCCCGUCUGGUCAAGUUUGUUGACAUGCUCACCAAUUGGUAUGUUCGGACUAACAGACGCCGUCUAAAGGGCGAAAGUGGUACAGAGGACUGUCUGUGGGCGCUGGAAACCCUCUUCAGUGUGCUCUUCUCCAUGUGCAGGCUGAUGGCUCCCUUCACACCCUUCAUCACCGAGAUGAUGUACCAAAACCUGCGUAACCUCGUCGACCUCGCCUCUCUGGAGGAGAAGGACACCGGCAGUAUCCAUUAUCUUAUGCUGCCCCAAGUCAGGGAAAAUUUGAUUGACAAGCGCAUAGAGAACGCCGUCUCUCAGAUGCAGUCGGUGAUUGAGCUUGGGCGGGUCAUCCGGGACAGAAAGACAUUGCCGGUGAAGUAUCCACUGAAGGAAGUGGUCGUCAUUCAUCAAGAUCCAGACGCUCUGAAAGACAUUCAGUCGCUCCAGAAAUACAUCCUGGAAGAGCUCAAUGUGCGCCACCUGACCAUCUCGACAGACAAAGACAAGUACGGCAUCCGUCUGCGGGCUGAACCGGACCACAUGGUGCUAGGCAAGAGGCUGAAAGGGGCAUUCAAAGCCAUCACCGCUGCCAUCAAGGAGCUCAGCAGCGACCAGGUUGAGGCCUUCCAGAAGAAAGGUUCCAUAGUGGUGGACGGCCACGAGCUUCAUGAAGAGGAUUUGAGGCUGAUGUACACGUUCAAUCAAAGCUCUGACUCAGCCGCACAGUAUGAAGCCCACUCUGACGCACAGGUGCUGGUACUGUUGGAUGUCUCCCCGGACCAGUCCAUGGUGGACGAGGGUGUGGCUAGGGAAGUCAUCAACCGCGUUCAGAAAUUACGCAAGAAGGGUCAUUUGGUACCGUCGGAUGAGAUCACGGUGUACUACCGCUGUCAGCCAGGCGGGGAGUACUUGGGUUCAGUGAUUCAAGCUCACACGGAUUUCAUCCUGGCGACGACGAAGGCGCCGCUACUGCCUUACCCGGUCCCCAAGGGUGCUGGCGUCAUUAUCCAGGAGAAGACGCAGCUGAAGGGCUCCGACUUGGAGCUAACGAUUGUAAAGGGAUCGUCAGCGCCACGGGCCGCUAUAAAUGGCCCGGCGUGUGCUUACGUCAACCUCAAAGUGAAAGUCAACGGCAAAGAACAAGACGGGGUGGUGCUGCUGGAGAAUCCAAAAGGCGAUAACGAGUUGGACGUGGAUAAGUUGAAAACGGUGUGCGGCAGCAUCUUCGGGACCAACAACGCCAAGCUUAAAUUCUUUAGCGACAGCAAAGAAUUGCCGAGUAAAGCGGACCUGCGGGCUCUGAGUGGUAAAACCUUGUCGGUGACAACAGACGUGACUUCCCCCGGGACCGCCACCCCUGGCAGCACCCUUGUGUGUCCUUACGUGAACUUGAUGCUCUGUGAUGCACGGCCCGCCGAGUGCAAAACGGGACAAGUGGGCACCCUGCUGCUGGUCAACCCAGUGGGCCAGAACAGGCUUGACUACUCCGGCGUGAUGUCGGAAGCCGCCAAAGUGUUCGGACUCCGGGGCAGGCGGCUCAAACUCUACCUGGACCAGGAUCUCAGCCAGGAGCUGCCGGUUGAUUCUGCAGUGAAAUCUCUGGACACCAAAACUCUGUUUGUGCGAGUUCUUCCCACCACGGCGGAUUCGUAGAACCCUAAGGAAAAAAGGCAACUUAAGACUGGUCAUCAUUGUUACAGUACAGCUUCCAACAAUCCCCUUUUUUUUUCUUUUUCUUUUUUUUUUUUUAAAACUCCUUCUACGAUCAUGUGUUACUCAACUUGGGGACAUCCAACUUUUUAAGACCCAGAAGCACACCAAAAUAAUAAUAGCACAGACCUCUUAUGGAAAACAGUUAAUUAUGCACUUGUAAUUUUCUUUCCCAUUCACUACUAAAAACUUGCAAGGUGUCCUUUUUCAAAACUCAUUUAAGGUGUAAGGGUCCAGACUAGUCAUUACGAGUGUGCCAAUUAAUUGGGCAAACCAAUUUGCAUUAUUGUGGCCAAACGCCAUUUAGUAUUGAACAGAUAAAACUUGCAUUGCUUUGUGAGUCUUCAUUUAGAAAGUUGAAAUGAAAUUUUCGGCCGGCUGAGCUUUCAGGUUGACAUAUGGAAAAAUGCUGUCAAAUGGAAUAAAUCAAUGGUGAUGGAAAA